CGAAUCUAGCGGCGUCGGGUCCAUGCUCGAACACGUGAGAACUCUCCAGAAACGACUUUCUCCUCCACUUCUUCACUAUCGCUUUUCCUCUAUAAAAGCUCCCCACGCCCCAGCGACGAGGAAUCGAGACAGCACAAGCAGCGAUCAGAAGCUCAAACAAAUCGUUCGAACCUCUCAGCCCAAAUCUCCAAUUCGUAGUCGUAAGCUAGACUAGAUAGGAGGCAAAAUCGUUCGACCAUGUCGCUGAUCCGCCGCAGCAACGUGUUCGAUCCCUUCUCCCUCGACCUCUGGGACCCCUUUGAGGGCUUCCCCUUCGGCUCCGGCGGGAGCAACAGUCUCUUCCCGUCGUUCCCGCGCACCAGCUCGGAGACCGCGGCCUUCGCUGGCGCGCGGAUCGACUGGAAGGAGACUCCAGAGGCGCACGUGUUCAAGGCGGACGUCCCGGGGCUGAAGAAGGAGGAGGUCAAGGUGGAGGUUGAGGACGGCAACAUCCUUCAGAUCAGCGGCGAGCGCAACAAGGAGCAGGAGGAGAAGACGGACACCUGGCACCGCGUGGAGCGGAGCAGCGGCAGGUUCCUGCGCAGGUUCCGACUGCCUGAGAACGCCAAGACGGAGCAGAUCAGGGCCGCCAUGGAGAACGGCGUGCUUACAGUCACUGUGCCCAAGGAGGACGUCAAGAAGCCUGAGGUGAAGUCCAUUCAGAUCUCCGGCUAGACGUCAGUCCGCACGUCGGAUCGUCGUGCCUGCGUGAUUGGAGGAAACGGCAGUUCACCUCGGUCGUUCUGUGGAAUAAAUUUGGGUUAAAAGAAUUAUGAGUAUGCUGGUAAUGUGGUAUGAUGGUGGAAUGUGGUAAAAAAAAACUCUGCGUCUCUUUGGUCCGGUGAUGUAUGAGCCUUUUUUUUCAGCAAGUGGUGUUUUUCUUUUACAAUAAAUCAAUUAAUAGUAAUUCUGUAUCU